CGGGGAGCCCCGGCCCCCGCCCCUCCGCUCCCCGCCGGCGUACUGGCUCAGGAGCUCCGGUCCCGCGCCCUCUCCGCGCGGGGCGGUGAAGCGGGGGCCCCGAUCCCAGUGCAGCGAAGCCAGGCGUAGGUGGACGCGCUGCCCGCGCUCUACGUGGAACGGCUCACGCAGCUGCUCGAGGAGCACAAGGCGCUUACGGCACCCCGGCCCACCGGCACCUGCUUCUCACCUAGGCCCGCCGCCCCGACCCUUCCGGUGCCCGCGGCGACUGUGGGCGGGGAGGGAAAUUAAACGUGGGAACAGAGCUGCAGCGUGUGUUUGUGCGCCGCCGUGCCUCCGGUGGUCUUGACACUCCCGGAGACCGGUACCGAGAUCCGGGGCGCGCAGUGGGGGCCUGCCCGGCCGCCCCGGAUAUCCCACGGUCUCAGCUGGGCUUCUGACCCCGGCCGGUGGCUGGGACCCAGUGGGCGGGCUCCUCAGCUUCUUCAGAGCCUCCUCUCUACAUCAGUUCCUGGACUGCCGCUGCCCUCUAUCCCUCACACAUUCCGCGCAGCCUCCCAGCUCCGCCCAGCGAUCAGCCCAAACCAACUAACGCUGGCAGUUCAAAGAUCAUUCUGGAAACCUCUGGGGCUCCGGAUCCAAGCAUCUCCCUGUUCACGCACACGUCGCACACCGCAGUCCCGGGGGUUUGGCCCCUCCGGCAGGAAAGCCUUCCAUCGGCGCCCAAACUUUCCUCGUUUGUGCUCCGGGCCCUGGAGCCCCGCUGGCAGAGGGGAGCGACUGGGAUAGGAAUCUCCACGGUCCCGCCGCGACUCCACCAUGAAAAUCUUGCAGAAACAGUGGCUAGAAACACUGGGCGUCUGCCAAUACGUGCUCACUUUCCUCUUCAUGGGCCCUUUCUUCUCCCUGCUUCUCCUAUUCCUCCUCUUCACCUCAUUCUGGUCGGUCUCUGUUCUCUACUUCGUAUGGUUCUUCCUGGACUGGGACACGCCCAACCAAGGUGGAAGGCAAUUUGAGUGGACCAAGAAAUUGUCCAUGUGGAAAUACACCAGGGACUAUUUUCCUAUCAAGCUGGUGAAAACAGCAGAGCUGCCCCCUGACCGGAACUAUGUGCUGGGUGCCCACCCACAUGGGGUCAUGGUCUUUGGAACCUUCAUCAAUUUCUUCACCAACGUGGACAACUUCCGCAAGGAGUUCCCCGGGAUUCACACCUCGGUGGCAGUGCAGGCCAUUUUCUUCCACCUCCCAGUCAGUCAUGACUACUUCAUGUCCUACGGACUGUGCUCUGUGAACCGGUGGAGCCUGGACUAUCUUCUGUCAAAGGCCCAGCGUGGGCAGGCUGUAGUCAUCAUUGUUGGGGGUGCCCACGAGUCCCUGUGUGCCAUCCCAGGGAGGCACUGCCUCGUUCUCCGGAAUCGCAAAGGCUUCGUGCACAUGGCACUGAGGCAUGGGGCCUCCCUGGUACCUGUGUACUCCUUUUGGGAGAAUGAUGUCUUCCAUUUUAAGGUUUUUGACACAAACUCCUGGCAGCAUCUCUGUCAGCUCACCUUCAAGAAGAUCAUGGGCUUUUCUCCUUGCAUCUUCUGGGGCCGCGGACUCUUCUCGGCCAACUCCUGGGGCAUGCUGCCCCUGGCCAGGCCCAUCACCACCGUGGUGGGGCGCCCCAUCCCGGUGCCCCAGCGCCUGGACCACUCCAAGGAGGAAGUUGACCACUAUCACACGCUGUACAUGGAGGCUCUGGAACAACUCUUUGAGGACCACAAGGAAAGCUAUGUUGUCCCAGCUUCUACUCGCCUCACCUUUAUCUAGCCCUUGCCAUCCCCCCAGCCCUGAGCCCCUCGGCCCAGGGCACUGAGACCUCCACCUCCCGCCUCUGUGUACGGUGCCAAUAAAAGCUCCUUCUCUCCCACCAUUACUUUCUAGAAUUGGAUGCCUGCGGACCUCGUGUUCCACCCUCUUUCUCCUGUACUGCGAAGCUGCCACUUUGGAUUGGGGAUCAGAACCCUGAAUUCUCCUCCCAGCAAGCCUUGAUUCUGCCACCUCACCUUGCCUACAUCUCUUUCCUUUGCUGAGCCCUUUCUCCCUCUGGGAAUUAAGGCAUCUGUUUCCCUGAUUGCUGCAGGGCCUCGGGAUGGAGUUGGGGAGGGCGGCUCUUGGGAGGGGUAGGCUUUGCAGGGUGAGCUGGAGAAGGUAGGAAGGAUGGUGGAAUAAUCAGCCUGAGCAAAAGGUGAGCUUGGUCAAGGGUCCCUGGCCGUAUGGGGAAUGGAUUGACCUCCGAUGAUAGAAAAGAGAGCGUUAGCCCGUAGCUCACUGCUGCACCUCUUCUCUAACCUUCAUGUUUCCCUGUGGCUGGGAGAUGAAUGAAGCUGGGACCUAUUUGACCAGCAUGAAGCCCUACUGGCAGCCCAGCAUUAGGUCCACACUAACCCAUUUGCUCAGUAAGCACAGUGCUCUUGUGAUGAUCAAAGAAUGAAGAUGUAAGGGCUGAGAACGGAGAUCAGCAAAGUAUCCUUAUCCUCAUCACAGACACGGCGUCAGUCCCAGGAGAGGGACUUCCAAAGAACUUGCUGAAAUGGAAUGGAAAUGCAACUACACUAGUCUCCCACUGUCCUAUAAAAUAUAUUCAGUGGAAGAAUUUUUUUCUUGUUCCUGGAGGAAAGUCUGAGCAGUCCUGUGACUUAUCUGGGUCAUUCUCAGGUGGUUUUAUUUUAAAGUAAUCUCUACACUCCACGUGGGGCUCAAAUUCACAAUCCUGAGAUCAAGAGUCUCGUGCUCUAGGGACGGAGGCAGACACUCACCCCUGACAUUUAUUUCUCAUGGGUGUGGAGGCUACAAGUCCAUGAUCAAGGUGCUGGAGGAUUCAGUUUCUGGUAAGAGCUCUCUUCCUGGCCUGUAGAUAGCCACCUUCUUUCUGCCACCUCACAAGGCCUUUUUUCUGCAAAUGGGAGGGUAGAGAGGGAUCUCCGGUGUCUCUUCCUCUUUGGACCUCCUAUUGGACCUUAUGAUCUCAUUUAGCCUUAAUUACCUGUGUCAAGCCCUGUCUCCAAAUACAGUCACAUUGGGUGUUAGAGCUUCAACAUAUGAAUUGGGGGGAAGACACAAUUCCAUCCCUAUCACUGUGAUAAAGAUUUACUGAAAUACCAGAAAUGAUAUGAUCUCCGAAAUUUGUUUCAAAAUAUCGGGGUGCUUGUAGUGUCCGAUAUCAGCUAUGAGCUGAUAAUUGUCGAACCUGUUGAUAGGCUAGUGAGGAUUCAUUAUACUGUUCUAUUUUUUGUGUAUGUUAGAUAGUCUCCAGAAUAAAAGUGGUGGGUGUUUUUUGAUGGAGAGCUCAACUGAGCUCUUCGAGAGCAGAAAUGGAGUCAACCAGACCCAUCGAAGAUGACAUGGUUAAUGUUUGCAAAUAACAGACAUUACAGCCAAUGUCGGUUCAUGUGGAUGGGAGAGGAACCUGGUGAUGGAUGGGGAGAGAAGAUGUGGAAUUUCAGGGACUUCUAGGCACAAGCCAUCAUACUGAGCCUUCAGAAAUGCAGUGUGAGGCUGGGCUGUGCACUGGCUUGGCAUUAGGAUGCCAGGAGUCUGGUUUUACCUCCAUCCACUGGAUGACCUUUGAUAAAAAUGAUCGACGGUGGUCUCACCUUCCCCCAUUCUAGAACUAGGUUGAAGUCAUUCCUUCUUUCACAACAUACUUAUUAAGCACUUACUAUGUGCCAAGACCUGAACGACAUACCAGAGGCAUUAAGAUGUUGGUUAAGUGUCUGCCUUCGGCUCAGGUCAGGAUCUCAGGAUCCUGGGGUCGAGCCCCAUGUCAGGUUCCCCACUCGACGGGGAGUCUGCUUUUCCUUCUGCCUCUGCUGCUCAGUGUC